AUGGCCGGAGUCGCAGCAGCGGCACUCGCCGCGCCAACACAGCCGCUCAAGAUCUCGCUCACCCGGCUCCCCAACCCAGCGCCCGAAGGGUCACCCCACCCAGCCCUCGCCCGAUCGCAGCACACCCUCACCGUCCUCCCGGCCUCCAACAAAGCCUUCAUCUUCGGCGGCGUCGACGCCUCCGGCGCACUCUGCCCGCCCGGCAUCCACAACCUGACGCUCCCCCCAUCAUCCCAAAACGCGCCCACCAGCCUCGCCGCCGCAGCCGCCGCCGAAGCCGCCCACGCGACGGCCUACACCUGCUACCCGCCCUUCCCGCUGCGGGACGCGUCCACGGGCGAGACGCUCGUGCCGGCGCCGCGCGCGGCGCACUCCGCCUGCGCGUGGCGCGGCCGGUACCUUCUCGUGCACGGCGGUCGGGACAGCGGCGGCGGGCAGCCGGUGCGCGAGGGCAACGUGCUGUGGCGGUGGGACGGCGAGGCGCUGAGCUGGGCCAAGCUGCGCGGGGACUCGCAGCUCGGGAGGGCGAUGGCGCCGCGGUACGGGCACUGGUUGUUUGGGGACGAGGGGCAGGGGUUUUUGGUCGCUGUUGGCGGGCAUGGUGGCGAUGGGGAUGGGGUUGGGGACGGGAUCGAGAGGGAGCUGUGGAUGUAUGAUUUUGGAACCAUGGUGUGGACCGCGCUUCCCAGCGCCCCCGUGCGGCCGGUGGCUGCCGCGUACGCGGGUGGGAGGGUGUACGUCAUCUCCGAAAGGGCUGAUGGAUGCCGGUCGGGGUGUGCGGUGCAUUACCUCGACCUGCGGGAGUCGCCUGUGGAGAGGGAGAAGCCGGGGGCGUUGGUAUGGAGGAGCGUGAGCUUUCCUGCGAACCCACUUGCUCCGGGGCCCAGACCUCGGUCGGGCGGCGCGCUGGUGCCGUUGACAACUGGGCACGGGCGAGAAUAUCUUGUUUACUUGUUCGGGCGCUCGGCAGGCGGUGCGCCGCUCGAGGAACUUCACUCGGACAUCUGGACGCUGCAGUUGCCGUCCUGGCGUCGAAGUGCGGCCGCGGCGAAGGACAAGGUCUUGGAGAAGCUUCCAGGCGGGGAAUCAGGCGAGUUUCAGUGGGCAGAGGCGGAGAUUGUGCCGACAGAGCAGAUGACGGAGAAGGGGAGGAAGGUUCAUCCUGGCCCGCGGGCCUUUUUCGGUGCAGAUGCUUGUUGCGCUGGGCAAGGAGUUGUGCUAUGGGGCGGGGUGAAUGCGGACGGAGGAACGGAGGGAGACGGCUGGCUCCUCAGGCUGGCUUAUGGGUACGCGGAUAACGGUCGAUUUGAGUAG